CCGGCUGACAGGGGUUUAGGAACCUCCAAGAUGAUGGGAAGGCCCUCGGCCCGGAUGGGGGGCUGUCCGACCCCUCCAUCCGCGGCCCGCUGCGACUGCGAGGCUUUGCCUUUUAACUCCUCGGCGACCCCGGGGGUUAGAAGGCUUCCGUCCGGAGGCCGUUAGAGAGCACACCCGGAAGGCGGAAGUCGGGGGGCGGAAGUGGCCCAGAGGAGACGGAGGAUGGCGGCCGAGCGCUGGUUUUGGCGCUGGGGCUGGGGCCAGCGGUGCCCGGGGAGGCCUGGGCUUCCUGGCCCCGGCCCCGGCCCCGCCACACUUGUCCAUUUCCUUCUGCUGCUCGGGUCGGUGGCUGCCGACAUCACCGACGGCAACAGUGAGCACCUGAAGCGCGAGCAUUCGCUCAUCAAACCCUACCAGGGCGUGGGCUCCAGCUCCAUGCCACUCUGGGACUUCCAAGGCAGCACCAUGCUCACCAGCCAGUAUGUGCGGCUGACCCCCGACGAGCGCAGCAAAGAGGGCUCCAUUUGGAAUCACCAGGUGAGAGGGCUUUUUUCCACGGCUGGGCACGCUCCUGUUCAUCCUGUACCCAGCGAUCUCCCCCUGCACCAUCCUGCUGCUCCUGGAGGAAGCCUCGGGAAACAGCUGGGGAGAGGGAGAGGAGAGGCGGGCAGGGGGAGAGGAGAGGCGGGCAGGGGGGAGGCAGAGGCCAUGCACCAUGUGGCCUGGCUUUGUCCUACACCCUCAGGGCCUGUGUUUGGAAGCAAAGACAACUUCCACGGCCUAGCCGUCUUCCUGGACACGUACCCCAACGACGAGACCACCGAGCGCGUGUUCCCGUACGUGUCGGUGAUGGUGAACAAUGGCUCCCUGUCGUACGACCACAGCAAGGAUGGCCGCUGGACCGAGCUGGCGGGCUGCACCGCCGACUUCCGCAACCGGGACCACGACACCUUCCUGGCCGUGCGCUACUCGAGGGGCCGCCUGACGGUGAUGACGGACUUGGAGGACAGGAACGAGUGGAAGAACUGCAUCGACCUCACGGGCGUGCGCCUGCCCACCGGCUAUUACUUCGGAGCCUCCGCGGGCACCGGCGACCUGUCUGACAACCAUGACAUCAUCUCCAUCAAGCUGUUCCAGCUCAUGGUGGAGCACACACCUGAUGAGGAAAACAUUGACUGGACCAAGAUCGAGCCAGGUGUCAACUUCCUGAAGUCACCGAAAGACAACGUGGACGACCCCACGGGGAACUUCCGCGGCGGGCCGCUGACGGGGUGGCGGGUGUUCCUGCUGCUGCUGUGCGCGCUGCUGGGCAUCAUCGUGUGCGCCGUGGUGGGCGCCGUGGUGUUCCAGAAGCUGUCUGGCGAGCCCUGGGCAUCUUGGAGCUCCUUGGCUGUGGACAUGUUGCUGUGUUCUGAUUCCAUGAAUCCACGGCCACCUUAA